GCCAGCCCCACACAGCCACUGCUUCCUUAUAGUUCGGAAUGUACGCCACGCCCACUGUGUCGUCAUCGCGUUCCGCAAAGCAGGCUCCUCAAAAAUGAGAAAGCGGGAAGCCGCCUAUCUGUGCUUGAACAGGGUUACAGCAUGAAGGUAUUUAUCAGAAGAAUGGAGCAAAAUCUCGUAUCAAAUUUAUGAUGGAGGAGUUCCGACGAGAUGCAAGAAAUGUCAAAUUGCAUAUCAGUAACAAUUUUGUUGAAGAUGUGACAGAUGUGUUGAAGAGAUUUUUCCGGGAGCUGGAGGAUACUAUCUUCACUACACAUUUACAUCCCCAGUGGAAUGAGGCCACAGCUCUCACAGGCUGGCGAUAUCAUCUUGGAAGUAUAUCUGGAACAGAAGAAUCCUGACUAUUGUGUUACUCUUAAGGUUUCUCCCAAAAUGAGAGCAGAAGAACUAACAAAUCAAGUGCUUAAGAUGAGAAAUGUAACAGCUAGCCAAGAUCUUUGGCUAACCUUUGAAGUUUUAGAAAAUGGAGAGCUAGAGCGUCCUUUGUAUCCCAAGGAGAAAGUUCUAGAGCAGGCCCUACAGUGGUGCAAGUUACCAAAACCCAGCUCUGCAUAUUUACUUGUGAAAAAGUUGUCCAUCGAGGAAGGAAGCUGCCUUUUCACAGAUACUAAAUGUGAGAACCCCAAAUAUGGUCUUUUGAAAUGCCAUGAGGACUUGGCCAAGUUUCUGGGGAACAAAUUUCAGGAACGCUACUUUGUCAUCAAGGAUCAAAAGUUGCUUCUACUCAAAGAGAAACAGAGUGUCAAGCCAGAACGAGAGUGGCUACUGGAUAUGGCCAAGGUUUACCUGGGGAUCCGAAAAAAACUGAAACCACCUUCACGAUGGGGCUUUACUUUAAUUCUUCAAAAACAGCAAUUGUAUUUAACAUGCACGGAGCAAUCUGAGCUAUGGGACUGGGUCACCAGUAUUCUGAAAACUCAGCAUGACAGAAUCCGCUCAGUUCAUCUACGUCGACAUUCUCCUUCUGACUUGACUAAGCCUAAAUUUGGCACCAUGCCCCUGAUUUCCCUACAUGGAGACAGCAAUAAUCCAGUCAUGCUCUCUGUUAAUCAAACCUUGCAUCGCUUACACACUCGAAGGAUAUUGUCCAUGUUCUUUCCAAUGAAAAUGCAUCAAGAUACAGAACAUCAGGAGCCAGCUGAGUCAGAGCCUGUCUAUGAAGAGGUGGGCAGCUUUACAGACAUAAAUUUUCUGGAACCCAACCAUUCCCUACUGUCUCCUAAGGAUCAGGCUAAGAAACCAAUUAGUUUUUCAGAUCAGGUGACAUCCAGCAUGCUGCUCCCUUGUUGGGUUCCCAGAGCAUCUGAAACUGACUUAACAAAACCAUGCUUUGAGCGGACCUUUCAGGUGGAACCAAAUAAACAGAAUCUCACUGAUAGAAUAUCAGAACACAAAGUAAUUCCAACUGUCUCUAUAGAGCAGCAGACUUGGCUGCAUCAAGCACAGUUUGCACUGGGCAAGGAAGAGGGCCAACAUACUGCACUUCCAACCUUCCAUUGGGAAAAUCCAACUGAAGUGGAGACUCAGCUCAGUGAGACAAAGAAAAGCUUCCAAACAUGAGUCACAAGCCUUGAAUAUAUCUUUUCUAAAAGAAAAAAAUACCAGAUUCAUAUCACAUUAGGAAAGCAAGAAUUUGUGUUGGAGAAUGAAGCUUGUAAAAUAAAAGUGAGCUGAGCAGCAGGUCCCAAUAAUGACUGGUGGAUCAGGGAGGGUAAUCACAUCUGGGGCUACUCUAAGAAUGAGGCAACUAUAGCCAAUUGUCCUUCCUGAAAGUGCAGUGUUCAUCCUCAUUUUUUCUUGCUUUUACAAAGCUGUUUUUAAUUCAUAAUGUGGUGAGAGGUUAUGCUUCCAUUUUUACAUCUCUUUGAAAAUUAUUUUCCCUCUGAACAACUUCCUGUUCACUGUUAAAGACUCUAUCCCUCACCUUAACAUACUUUUCUUUCUUUCCUGACGCCUACAUGGAGUUCACAGCAGACAUUUUCUCUUUGCGCCUAUCGAACUCUCAACCUUCUGAGUGAGCAUAUUCACCUUUAGGCCACUAUGGCAUUUUUUGUCCCAUUUCACAUGAUUUGAUAAAACUGGACAAUAAUGCUGUGUUAGCAUUAAUUGCCCAAUAAAGUAUUGGCAUGUUUUCCCUUAAAAAAAAAGCUUUCAACCAAAAUGAACAAGUAAAUGGCCAUUGCUAACAGAUGAGAAUACCGUAUAUACUCGAAUAUAAGCCGAUCCGAGUAUAAGCCGAGGUCCCCAAUUUUACCCCAAAAACUGGGGUAAACUGGGGACUCGAGUAUAAGCCGAGGGUGGGAAAUGAGGCACCUACCGGUUGGGGAAACCCUCCCUCCCUCAGCUGAGAAGGCUGGCGG